GUUAUGUAUAAGCUGAAUAAGGGCAAAAAUGAAAUUCUAAUUUAGCAGCUAUGCUUUUGAAGGAACUUGGACUUUGGCUACAUAUUCGAGUCGCCUCCUGCUCUUGCUAGGGUUUUUGCGAAAUUGCGAAAAUGGUGAACGUCCCGAAGACAAAGAAGACAUACUGUAAGAGCAAGGAGUGCAGAAAGCACACUUUGCAUAAGGUCACACAAUACAAGAAAGGGAAGGAUAGCCUUGCCGCACAAGGGAAGCGCCGUUAUGAUCGCAAACAAUCAGGUUAUGGAGGCCAGACAAAGCCUGUUUUCCAUAAGAAGGCCAAGACAACCAAGAAGAUUGUUCUGAGGCUGCAAUGUCAAGGCUGCAAGCAUGUAUCUCAGCAUCCAAUUAAGAGAUGCAAGCAUUUUGAAAUUGGUGGAGACAAGAAGGGGAAGGGUACCUCUCUUUUCUAAAUGCAAAUUAACAUGCGGCAUUUUUGCAUGUUCACAACUGUUAAAACUUUGUGCCAGAGCUGGAUCAAAUAUGGAACUUUUGUUGAGUUUAUAGUGUCAGUUGCUUCUUUUGGUUUUGCUAGACAUCUACUGUUUGUUUAUGGUAGUAGUAACUGAUAAUUUAUAGCAAUCUUGUUAUUGUCACUA